AUGGAUCAAGGUAUUGAGAGUUCCAAAGCUGAAUUUUGGUUCAUAGUAUCAGCGCCAUUUCUUCAUAAUCCAUCGUCACUUGUACAGCAUGCACAAAUCAAAGAUGAACUUAUAUCACAAGGCGUUAUACCACUGUUAAUUCGAUGUGCGACGGAAACAAAAUACGAUGUUAUUAAAGUUCAGCAGCGUGCAUUAGAAAUCUUAUGGGCUCUAACUUUCAAUGAACAAACUGCCACUAUACUGGAAACUGAUCAGAUUUUUAUGAAACAUAUUAAAACACUUCGAUUAUCCGAUGAAAAAGGCGUCCAAAAGCAACUGAAGGCAUUAUUUGGAAACUGGAGAAAGAAGCUGAAUUUAUGA